AUGCCUCGUCCUGAACCUCAUCCACUAGCAUUAUUCUCCCUUAAACCCUGCAACCCGCGGGCGGAAGAAGUCCUCGCUCAUCAAUGCAAUAAGCACCUCAUUUCGUGGUUGAACGGAGAACUCGUUCUCGAUAUCGGCCACGUCCAGUCCAAGUCUGGCAAUACUACUCUCGCAACGAUAGGACGCGGUGGUGAUGCUGAUAUCUUCGUGGAAGGCUCCAGUAUUUCAAAGAUCCAAUGCUCGUUCGAGAUCGAGUGGGUUACUGGUAUUGUUAUGUUCUACGACAGAUCCCACAGUCAGACGAGCCAAGUUUUUGGCCAGAUCGUUUUUCCGUUCGAGUAUGGUCGUCCUCGAAAAGUCGUCGUGCAUGAUCGUGCCAAUACUGCCAUUGGAUUUGGUGGCGUGAACCGGAACCUCGUCCAGUUUGAAUUAAAAUGGCACAAUAGCUCGUCUAAAGUGACGGAGAUGGUCAAGAAUCGGAAGAGCAUUGCUCUUAGUUAUGAAGAGAACCCCCGCCUUGCUCAAACGAUCGACGAAGCCGACACCGUCCUGCCCUCUCAACGAGAGACCAGAGUUCACACCGCGGGACGCCGACAGCCGCAGCUGAGAUAUGCGAAAAUCGACGAUCUUGGAUCUGGGCAGUUUGGAGAUGUAUUCAAAGCAGUGGACGUAGACGCGGGCAAGCUUUUAGCUGUCAAAAUAUUGAAGCGGCCGACGGGAACAACAGAACAAGAUUGGAAGGCAUUACUACACGAUUCGCUCAGACGUGAGGUAGAGAUCCUUUCGAGGAUCAGCCAUCCGCAUGUUGUAGACUAUAUCGGUUCGCGGGGCUGGGAGGCAGGCAAUGUGGAGAUAUUCAUGGGUUUAAUGGAGGGGACCCUGCAAUCAUUAGUCGCAGGCGGGUGCUCUACCCAUAUUAAUGACCUGGGCGGUACCGUCCUUCACCACAUGCUUCAAGCAAUCGAUUGUCUUGCUGUGGAGGGCAUCAUUCACCGGGAUGUGAAACCAGAAAACAUCCUCUACAUUUCACGGAUGGGCGAAUACCAUUUCCAGCUGGGGGACUUCGGUCUCAGCAACCGCCAAGGCAUUGCGUCAACUUUUGCUGGUAGCCCGUUGUUUAUGGCUCCAGAGAUGUUUCAAGGCGGGAAGCAGACCCACAAAGCUGAUGUAUGGUCACUCUAUGUCACGAUGUUGUGGACAUUGGAUGCGGAAGGGUUCCGUGAGGCCUCGAAGAGGUUUAAGACUCAUGAGGAGGUUCGACAAGCAGUUCUAUUACUAGCUUCCAAGGCCGACUCUGUCUCGGUCAUCCGAGAGAUGGCGAGGAUUGACCCACAGGAUCGCGCUUCAGCGGCACAGAUGCUCGUCAAAUGCUUCAGUGGAAAAGGACUCACCACUCCGCAAAACCAAGUUCCGCCCCUCACGAGUCCGAGAGUUCACGAUAAAAGUCCUGCCCCGGCCCUGGCUAGCCCUGCACCAGCGAAUACCGCGCAACCAAAGCCAAGACAUGUCCGAAGGAGGCCCAAUCCAGUCUUGGCCACGGGCCAAUUCCGCGUCGACAAGGCUCGGCAUCCCCAAGCACAGGUGAGACAACCGUUUGGGCCGACUAAAAGGGGCCUCGAUCAAGCGCUCGAUCGAGUGUACCGGCUUACUCCUGGCGGCUUUCUUGACGACAAUGCCGACGCUUUCGGUGAGAUUUACCGCCAGCUCAAUCACCCUUGA